UGAUCAUGAACAUGCUGGAGAAGAGAGCUUUCCUGAAGCGGUACCCGUACCUGAAUGCUCCCCUGCAGGUCAGCCUGGUGGGACUCUGUUUGGUGUUUGCCACCCCGUUGUGCUGUGCACUCUUCCCACAGAAAAGCUCAAUGCCUGUGAGCAGCCUGGAGCCUGAAGUCCAAGAUCAGUUCCGGAAGAAAGAUCCAUGGCUGGAGACUGUCUACUUCAACAAAGGGCUCUGAGCAGGACCUGGGGUGGCUGAGAUGUGCCCCACAGAGCUGCCAGGCCAGCACGUUGCUGAGCUUUGCCCUUUGGGUCUCCUUGGGGCUGCUGUGCUUUCCCUUGGCCGUUGUGUGUCCAUAGGUCCCAGGUGCUCAGCCCUGCUUUCUGGGGUCCCUGCAGCCAUGCAGCACCACACCAAACCCUGUCCCCGUGCCUGGCUCAGCCCUGCUCUAGGGACCUCCUGGCUGGCACCCUGGUGCACUCCUCCUCUGUGUGUGUGUGCCUGUAGCUCUGUGCAGUGCACAGGGAAGUGCAGGCAGCAACACCAGGGACCUUGUGAGCUGUGGUGGAAGGAAAAACAAAAGUGAGAUGAGGAAGAAAAUGGUGCUCCCCAGCUUUAGGAGGCAGCAGAGAAUCAGCAAUUGAAGGUAGAGUACCUCUGUAGGCACCCUACAAUGCCCAGCGGUUCAGCAGCUGGUGCCUGGGGAUGGCAGAGCAGCUUUUGGAGAGGAAAACUCCCCAUACCCAAAAUAGUUGGGGGUGAGUGAUCGAUUGCACGUAGUGGCUGGAACUCAGAGUGGGGGGCUCUCCUAGCCCAGGCGUGUGCUUCCAGCUCACCUUCUGCUCUCCUGCGGGCCGCUCUGGGGUUUUAAUCUGGCUUUCUGCUGCUUCCAUCCCCAGAGCAAAUGGCACGUUUUAAUCCCAGUAGAGUCUUGGUUUUAUUCUCAUUUUAAUGCCAUCUGUGUUCAGGGCUGGGCUUCCCCUGAGGGGUUACUCUACCCCCUCCUGGAGUGCUUGCUUUCAGGUGGACCUUCUCAAAUAGCUUUAAGUGCACUGUGGUUUCCUCUAGAUAUUUUUGAUAUACAUAUAAUGUACCUAUAUAUACCAAACAAUAAAGGCAGAUUGUUUAUACAAAACCAACAGCAAA